GUUGUGUAAAGCGAGUAAGUGCGGAGAAAAAAAAGUGUGGUGUUAACAGCGGGCAGGAGCUCCGUCUUUCCCGCGUCUGUCGCCCGCGUGUCAGUUCCUGCAGGAUUUGCUGGACUUGCACCGCUCCAUCCGUUAGAAUGUGGUGGCUGCUUUUCUUCCUUCCUGCUCAUUCGGCUCAACGAUCAGAACCCAUGUUCUCAGCUAUAACCAAGACUAUACUCCCACCAGACUACGAAAAUAACCCCACCCAGCUCAACUACGGUAUGGCCGUCACGGAUGUAGACGGAGACGGGGACCUGGAGACAUUUGUGGCUGGCUAUAACGGCCCCAACCUGGUGCUGAAGUAUGACAAGCACAGAAAAAAGCUUGUAAAUAUUGCUGUAGAUGACCGCAGUUCACCAUUUUAUGCCUUGAGAGACCGUCAAGGCAACGCCAUUGGAGUAACAGCCUGUGACAUAGAUGGGGACGGACGGGAGGAGAUUUACGUCCUUAACACCAAUAAUGCCUUCUCUGGUCGAGCAACAUAUUCUGACAAGCUGUUCAAGUUUAGGAAUGGACGCUUUGAGGAUCUUUUAAAUGAUGACAUCAAUGAGCACAGAGACGUAGCCAACCCGAUGGCGGGACGAUCAGUGGCCUGUGUGGACAGAAAGGGAACAGGCCGAUAUGCUAUCUACAUCGCUAAUUAUGCCAGUGGAGAUGUUGGCCCUCACGCCCUCAUAGAAAUGGACGAGGCAGCCAGCGACCUGUCCCAGGGCGUAGUUGCCCUCUCCAACGUGGCGGAGCAGGCUGGAGUCAACAAACUAAUAGGAGGAAGAGGAGUCGUGGUCGGACCCAUUGUCAGUCAGACCUUGUCGGACAUUUUCUGCGACAAUGAGUAUGGAUCUAACUUCCUGUUCAGGAAUAACGGAGAUGGAACUUUUACUGAUGUGGCACAACAGGCUGGUGUGGAAGACCCAAUGCAGCAUGGGAGAGGUGUGGCCUUGGCAGACUUCAACCGUGAUGGCAGGACAGACAUCGUCUAUGGGAACUGGAAUGGGCCUCACCGACUGUACAUUCAACUGAAUAACCGCAAGCAGAAAUUCAAGGACAUAGCCUCCCAGAAGUUUUCCAUGCCCUCACCAGUUCGGACUGUAAUCACUGCCGACUUUGACAAUGACAACGAGCUGGAGGUUUUCUUCAACAACAUCGCUUACAGAGGCCCUUCUGCCAACAGGCUCUUCAGGGUAAGCAGGAGAGAACAUGGUGACCCUCAGAUUGAAGAGCUAAAUAUUGGGGAGGCAGCAGAGCCUGAGGGACGAGGAACUGGUGCCGUGGCUGCAGACGUUGAUGGAGAUGGUCGUCUGGACCUGAUCGUGUCACACGGUGAAAGUGCGGCACAGCCACUUUCUGUCUACAAAGUCAACCAGGGUCUCACCAGCUCCUGGCUGCGAGUGAUUCCUCGCACCAAGUUUGGUGCUUUUGCAAGAGGAGCUAAGGUGGUAGUGUACACAAAGAAGAGCGGCCCACACACACGGAUUAUUGAUGGAGGCUCAGGCUACCUUUGUGAGAUGGAGCCUGUGGCCCACUUUGGCCUUGGUAAGGAUACGGCCACAACCGUGGAGGUGUACUGGCCUGAUGGACGAUCAGUUGCCCGGCCACUUGAGGCUUCUGAAAUUAACUCAGUGCUGGAGAUCCACUAUCCAAGAGAUGAGGAGGAAGUCACUCCAACGGUGGAAAUGAAGUGUGGUCACGGGUUUUCUCUGAACGAGAAUGGCCGUUGCACAGAUAAAGAUGAAUGUACCCAGUUCCCCUCUGUGUGCCCCCCUGAACGCCCCGUCUGCACAAACACCUAUGGCAGCUAUAAGUGCCGUGCCAGGAGAAGAUGCAACCAGGGUUUUGAGCCCAAUGAUGAUGGGUCCGCCUGUGUGGCCCAGGUGGCUUACUUUGGAGGAACUCGGUCUUCUGGAGAACGCAGCCCUUUCCACAUGCUGCUCCUCUAUACUCUUCCUCUCAUCUCUGCCCAUCUGCAAACAGGACUGCUGUAGCUGCCUCAGUUUUCUCCUCUCCACUCCUAAACGUGGAUGUACAGAAACUCUAAAAUUACAAUUUUUCAUAGAAAAAAACUUCUCUUCCUUCUUCUCUAAGGAUCCAUUAGGUAUAUACAGUACUAUCCCCUUGUUGCUGCUGCUGUUUUGUCACCUUGUAGCUCCCACUCCUCUCUGGACUUUAAAGAACCAUAUGGACGGGCAUGACGGGGAGCAACAUAUAUCAGACAAAAUUGUGUCACUUUGGGGCCCCUUCAUCACCUGACACUCAUCCUCAUGGAACCUGAAGUUAGAGUCAGCGCAGGAAUGGAUCCAAAGGGUUCUAAGAGUUCGCUGAAGACACCAACAAUAAGGAGCAGCCAUCAACUACAAGGAGAAUAACAGAAAAGAUGAGCAUUGGAAGUACUGCACAGUUCAUGAUGGGAAUAUACGAAUUUAAAGAUACAAUAACAAUUUAUGAAAUCCUCUUUUGGUAUUUUCUUUGAAUCUUUAUGUGAGACUUUGAAAGGUAAAAGGCCAUAAAGGUAAAGUUAAAUGAGAUCUCUGCUGUUUACAAAGGUAGGGAGAUUUAAAAAAAAAACUCAUGGAGAAUUUGAUUUUUUUAUGAAAAACUUUAAUUUGCACAGUUCAUGUUUUAUAAAAAAUAUAUCUUUUAGCAAAUGAGGUUAAUUACCAGUAAAAAUAAAAAUUAAAUAUAGUUGAAAACCUGUUGACUUACAACUGGUUGUUGCUGCAACAGAACAAAGGUAUCCAUUGUAGCCACUUUAUUUGGCAAUGAAAUCUAUUCCUAUUUAUUUAUAGGAUCUAUACACUUCAUGCAGAUUUACGUAGCUCUAUAGGCAGAGCUUCACACACUCAACCUCUCCAGCCAUGUUCACACUGGGCACGUGACACAUGUUCAAGUAACCAGUUCCAAUGAGAAGUCUAUGUAAAUGCGCUUUAACGUGUGUUUGGAGCUUUUGCGAUCAAAACUCUUGCGUUCACAUGUCGCUUGGCAAGUUUUAAGUCUUUUUUUGGGCUCUACAUACAAAACAAGCGACCACUGAACCUAUGUUGAAAGUUAAACCAGUUGAACUUUGACCAAUCAGGGUAUUCGGAGUUGGUAGCGUUCUUUUCAAUUCACAGAACUGCCAUCUGUUUAAAAAGUGAUCAUUAAGGAGAAAUUUAUAAUUAAGGAAUAUGGCUCGACAGGAUUAUAUUACAGCGCGUCUUAUAUAUCGGAAUAGAGCUGGGAAAGGAAAAGCCUGUAGCACAAGGCACGAGAUUUAUACUGCUUUAACAUUUAGCACCAAGCGUCUUCCAACUGUGUGCAUGUGCAUUAGUGUCGGGUCACGAGAGUCGCUCAAAGCGUGUUCAUGAAGCCUGCGUUCAGCUGCUUCUUGAACACUCAUCACGUUCCUGCCGUGUACGUAGCAUUAGAAGGGCUGGUUAAUGAGUUAUAACUAAAUCGUCUAAAGACCUGAAACACUUCAGUUAACGUUUUGAGGCCAAACUUUCUUUUUUUGUCAUUGUUUCCAAGAAAAUGAAAAGGUGUCCGACCGUGAAAGUUCAAUAAAAACGCGAUGAUGGAUGUACUCAAACAAUUAAAAUCACUCAUCGUGGCUCUGGGUGUUGUUCUGCUUUAUGUGUCAGCAAAAUAAACACACCAGCCUAUAAGUGGAGGCUUUGAUAGUUUUUCAGAAAGUCCGUCAAAACUUGCUUCAUCAAAAGCCUCCCUUUUUUUUUCUAAUUGUUCUUAUUCUUCAUGCUAUGAUCAUGCAUUUAGCUAGUAAGUACACAAAGAAUGUAGGAAAUAAUUACUAAGUAAAGCUCCUAAAAAUUGCUGUCAAGAGAUGCAUCCUGGGAUGCAUAAGAUGCAGUCUGUGUCUGGAGUGCCAAAUCUUACAAUAUGUAUCCAAGAAACUCCAGCUGUCAAGCCAAGAUGUUUCCAGGUGCAAUCAAACCGGCAACACAGCGGCCAUGUGUGAAUUUUGGAGGAGUCCAGCAGAAGAUCUUGUCUGAAGCCCAUUUGUGUUUAGAUCUUCACCCUGACUAGAAGGAAAUUCUCUUAUCUACUUUCCGCAAAUGCACGUGUUAUUAUCAAGCAUUAGCGUUACCCACACCUACCUUAAAAUUAGUCUGAUGAGAAAAAAUGUCAGCUGAAUUUGAGAGCGUCAAAAUUGACUGUUCUGCUGCAUCGACAGCAGCUGCAGCUGCUUGAGUAUGAAAGCAGAACUCUUUGGUAAUUCCGAUUGAUUUAGUUUUUCAGGAAAAGAUAUGGGUAAUGCUAAACGUGUCUUCCUUUUUUUUCUUUACCUACAAAAAGCACCUUGAGUUGUUUAUGUCUUUAUUUUGUAUUCUAUUGUAUGUUUGAUGACAUUGAUGAGGAGUUCCCUUGAAAUACAAUACGAGGUUGUAUGGCUAUUGAUAUUUGUUUAUAUUUAUUUACAGGUUCAUGUUGUAAAAAGUGAUUGUUUCCCCCUUUUUUUUCCCUCCAACUCAUAGAGUUUUUCAACUUCCGAGAGUUUUGUUCCUUCAGUAGAUCAGUGGAAUGACCUCCUUGGAUUUGUGAAACUGUUCUCUAGAACUUUUUGUUUUAUUGUGAAAGUCGGAUUUGCAGAAAUUCAUUUUCUGUACCGCUUUGUCCCUUUCGGGGUCACGGGGCUGC